ACUUUCAUUAUAUUUUCUGCAAAAUUUUUGUGAAAACUUUACUGUGUUCUUCUUAUGCCUGAACUGCUGCAUCAUUUGUGGAUUUCUACAUCAAGUUUUCAAAACCGAAAUCAAGUAAUGUAUAUGAUUCUCUAAUUUUGAUUUUAACGAAGUGUCACUCUCCUUUCUCCCUUUCUAUUUUUGAUUUUGAAUCCUUUGAAGGAAGUUAGGGUUGGGAGUGAGAGUGAUAUUGAGUGUGCGUUAGAGUCUUCUUCUUCUUCUUCUUUUUUCUUUUUUUUUUUUUUUAAGGGUCCUAACUUCAUUCCUCCUCCUACUUCAUGUAGCAAUUGAGGAGAUGUCUUCGGAAGAAACAGUAAGUGUUGUAGGAAGUGAGGUAAUGCCUCUGGAGUACAGUGAUAUGGACUCAAAAAGUAGUCCAUCUAGUUCGGAAAGGACAGUGGAGGGGGUGGGAGGAGGUGAGGUAGUUGGGGUUGGGGAGGAUAGUGUACCUAUUGCUGUGGUAGAAGUGGAGGGUAGGAGAGAAAAGUGUUACGAUGUAGAUGCUGAUAUCGUAGCUAGGGUAGAGGAAAGGGCAUGUUCUGCUCCUCGGGAUCAUUGGAUGCCCAUGUAUGCCCACUAUUUGGCAGCUGGGCUUAGCACAGAAUGCAUAGAAGCUGCUGAGCUUUAUGGGCUAAGCACUUUAAGUGAAGCUAAAAUGGACAAGUUUUUGAGUGCUGCUAGAAGAGUGGCCAUCCCCAAGAAGCCAAGGAAGAAGUCAAAGACUUCAACUAAGGGAGUGGAUGAGAGGGGAGUUGGGAGGGAGGUAGUGCCUAGCACUUUAGCCGGGGUGGAGGAGGAGGUGCCAAGGCUGGAGUUGAAGAGGAAGGGUAGGAAAGAGGGAUGGGCCCUACAAAGGAAGAAGAGGGUGAUGGAGGAAGAAGAGAGGGGGAGCGAGGUUCCCCAGUUCGUGCCUCAAUGUCCUCCUGUUGAGCUCGACCCUGAGCUGAGGGAGUCUGAAGAGGGGGCUGAAAUACGAGCUCCUGGCAAGGGAAAGGGCCUCGUUCCCCCUUUGUCUUUUCAGAGCAGUCUGUUCGAGGCGAAGAACAUGACGGCAGCAAGGAGAUUUAUCAAUGCCACUUUCCCUGAAGUGGACAAGCGUCACGCACGGGAGGAAGCUUUGAGGUACUGUGGGGCUUCGAUGGUGAAACAUGUUUUGGAGUGCGAGUUGGGUGAACGGUCUAGCCCAGGAGUUUAUGGAGAGUGUGAAAGAGCGCUCCCUCUUGCAAAGGCAGAGAGGGCAUCUCUGAGCACUAAGCUCGUCUUUGAGGAGAGCAAACGAAGAAUCUCUGAAAGCGAGCAUGAGGCUCAAGAGAAGGAAAUAAAGCUAAUGAAAGAGGUUGUGAUGGAGCUAAAGAAGAAUAUGCAGCUGUUGGUGCACAAUGGGAUGGAGGAGCACAUCAGCAACUUCGUUAGCUCCAGCUCAUUUGACAGCAUUGUCAACCUCUACCAAUUGCCAACUGCCAUCCUCGCCUUCAUAGACUGUAGAAAGAAGGUGAAGGCUGAAUAUCCCGAAGUGGAUAUUACAAAAAUCACCUUUGGCGAGCAAGAAGAGGGAGUGGAGAAUGGUGAGAGUAUGUCAACAAACUUCCGUCCUCAGAUCAAACUGAGGUGGGAUCGUGAUGUAGACAGACGCACUGUUUUCCCUCCAAGCUUCAACUUCGAGUUCGUUGCAGUGGAAGAAGAAGAGGCAGAGGUAGAGGAAGAUGAAAUGGGGGCAAGAGUGGAAGGAACUAAAGUGGAUGAUAGUCAACCACCUCUACAAGUGGAGAUUCAUUCAAUUCCUUCUGAGGAUGAGCAGCCUCCUUUGCCAGACGAGCAGCAGCCAACACAACCACCUCUUCCAGCUGAGUAGUAGCCAGUUCAGCCACCUCCUCCAGCGAAGGAAUAAAGAUUUUUGUUUUUUGAUUUUUCUUUGAUAUUUUGUUGUAAUACCAGUAAAGCAAUUUGUUGUAAUACUUUUGUUAUUUAAGUUGGAUGAUAAUUUUGUUUUUUGAAAUCAUGUGUGAUGUUUGCUUUACGUUUUUGUUGUUAUAUAUAAGAACUGAAAUUACUUCGGAUACGUCUUGAGGGAAAGUAAAUUAUUUCAAAGAUG